GUAAAUAAGAAGUGGAUCUACCUGCACUCUUUUUAUGGUAUUUACCAAUCUCCAAGACCACAAUGGUGGAUUCCUUAGGUUUAGAAUGCUAUAGAAGGAUGGGAGGAGUUUCUUUCAGACUUUUUUAAUGACUUCCAACGUACGACGUGGUUGCAGCAAAAUAUUUCAUAGUGUGACAGAUCAUGAUAUAACCUUCUAAUCAAUUUGCGCUUUCAUUUCCAUGCUCAUGUAUUGACACAGUCGAUUUCUAGCAGUUUUUUCCACCCUUAUUUUUUCCUUGAAAAGGCUCUAGCAGUUGAACAUUAGAUUAAGGAGAGAGGAGGAUAUCACAUUAAGGACAUGACAUUGAUCAAGAUGAAGUUUUCCUUUCGUGGAUUUGGUAUUUUAUCUUUAUUUUUUUCCCAAAUUCUGAAAUGCCUAUACUGCCUUGUUUGAGCAUAACCCAUUUUUCAUCCUGCACAAAUGAGGUGAAUUAGUCCCAUGUCUAUUUUACUCCUAUAGGUGUUGUUUGCCCCGUAAGACUGAAUGCAAUACUCAACUUCUGUGAUACUUUAAAGUUUAAACUGUUACCUUCAACUAAUUGAAGCAGGCUUGGCUGCAUGUUCCCCAUAUACCAGUUGUGUGAAUUACUUUAAGUGCCGCGCCUAAGGUCGUGUCGUGUCCUCGUGUCCGUGUCGUGUCCUCGUGUCUGUUUACUUUGAAACAUCCUUAGAAUGUUGGCAGCUAAUCGGAAGAGAAAACAGAACCACCCACCUACGAAUUCAGCCAACAAGAACUCCACCUCUGCAUCCAAAUUCUUUGAGGCUGAAAAUUAUCCAAAGCUUGCAGAUUGGUCUUGGUCUCUUGGAUUAGUUAAGUGUCAGGUUACCUUUGGUUCACCAGUUUGUUGAGGAACCUCCUCUUGGAUUAGUUAAGUGUCAGGUUAGUUUUGGUUCAUCAAUUUAUUUAGGAACCUCCUCUAUACAGCUAGCACUGAUGAAACAAUUUACCGGUUUUUUUGGGUACAAAACUUACUUCUGCACUUUGCCAUUGCAAUUCAAAAGUGAAUUAAAUAAUAUUAUUGUGUACCUCCUUUAUUAAAUGACUAGCUAAAGUAGAAAUUUAUGAACCAAAAAUGCAACUACUUUUUAGUUCUAGUUAUUUGUUGUUGAGGUGAAACUCUCAUGAUGCAAUUAGUUGUGAAGUAGCUUAGUUUUAGUUACAAAACAACCACUAUAUAAGUUUCAAGGGUGCACCAUCAUUAUCGCCUCUCAAACUUAAUCCAUAUUAUCAUUCUCUACAAAGUUCCACACUACUAGAACCAGAAUGGCUAUCAAAUUUCUCAUUAAUUUCAUCUACAUAUUAGGGGUGGCAACAUUAAUGGUCCCUCCUUCUCAUGCCAAUCAUUCCACAGGUUUCUCUAGAGACUUUUCUAGUAUUACGUCUCUAGCUUUCUCUCCACCGUCGGCGAACAAAUCUGCAACUUCUUCUUUGGCAGAUCCGCCGUCGGUGGAGAUCUCGUUCUCCCUACCUCUCAUACACCAAACAUCACCCCUAUCACCGUUCUAUGAUCCCAAAAAAACUGAGGGAGAAAUAUUCCUGGAGAAUGUGCAAAUAAGUGGGGAACGAGCGCAGUACCUUUACCUCAGACAAGCGCAAGGAACAGGAACAUCACGCUUCCAAAUCCCGUUUACUCGUGAUUUUGUUGUCCUAUACUCCAUUGGGACUCCACCGGUUGAAACCUUCGGUGUUCCGGACACGGGUAGUGACUUGGUAUGGUUACAAUGCGAACCAUGCCAAUCUUGCUAUGACCAAAUCCCAAUCCGUUUCGACCCGCGAGAAUCCUCGUCAUACGAGUUGGUUGAAUGCAAUUCUAGUAAGUGUACUGGUUUCGUAAAUCAGAUGACUUGUGACGACGAUGACUAUUGCGAGUACAACGUGAAUUAUGAGGACGGAUCUUAUAGUCGUGGCAACAUUGCGGAAGAGAUAAUGACUGUGGCCAGUCCGCAUUCUACAUAUCAUAUUCCUGUUCUAUUCGGCUGUGGAUUUAACAACAGCGAGACAUCGGGAAAAAACUAUCCAAGUGUGGUGGGAUUACAAAACACCAAACGCUCCCUCCUUGGACAAAUAGGAACUAAAGUUUUUUCGUACUGCCACGACGACAAGAAUAAUGGCGCAAUUCAGAUAGGAAGGUAUACUGCACGACUCUUGGGAAGGAAAACGGCACUUGUCUCAAACUCUGAAGGUUUAUAUCUCGUCAAAUUCAAAGACAUCAUGGUUAACAAAAAGUCCUUGAACAUGCCGUCGUACGUAUUUGAUCAUGAUAAUGGUUAUCCCGAGACGACCGGGGUAAUGAUCGACUCAGGAGCAGCAAUUACUCAUCUACACUCUAUGGCAUUUGAAGCGCUGCUCACUAAAAUCAUUGCACAUAUGAAGAACAAGGGCAAGCGCAUGUCGAGAUGGAAUGGUUUAUACUGUUGGGAUAAUCCUGGGGGAGUUCUCGAUCCUUCUUUGCCAGAAAUAUUAUUUGCGUUUGUUGAUCUUUCGCUUAGACUUGGUGGUAAUGCGUGGCGUCAGCAAGAACAAGAUUCUUGUUUGAUGAUUACUCAAUUUCCACACCCUUUAACCAUAAUUGGCCGUUACCAACUAAGGAACAUCAACCUCGGCUUUGAUUUGGAGAAUAUGAAACUCUGGAUUGAUAUCCAAAAACCUUGUCGGCCUUAA